AGUCGCAAUGUGUGAGUAAUGGGGAAUUUCACGACGCUUCGAAGCACUACUCGACUUCAACACUCCAAUUCGGCUCACACAGUAUCGCUUUAGCCGUGCCUUCGCGCUCAUCUCGCAGUGGCGUUGAAUAUAAAAAUACCUCUAAAUUGGUUUGGUUUGAAGUUACUCUUUCUCCACACGUCGCAGUACGAAAGUCGAAGCUCCGGACGAGAGUCAAGCCGAAAAACAGUAGAACAUCCUAAGCACGAGAUAGUGAACUUGAACAGUAUUUGCUGAAACCGAUCCAAGGAAAAGCACAGAAGAAACCAACAUGUAUCCAUUCGGCUCGGGAGGUCCUCCGCCGCCCAACUCUUCAGCCCCCUACCCACAGAUGCCCUUUGGUUCCGGCAUGCCUCAGCCGGGACAGUCUCCUUACCCGCACGCCUCUCCUUAUCCGCACGCCUCGCCCUAUCCGAAUCCCUCGCCGUAUCCUACUUCGGCGCCCUAUCCGAACAGCAAUCCCAAUCCAGGAUAUCCCUCCCAAAUGCCAGGGUAUCCGCCGUCAGGUGGAGCAUAUCCACCCUCUAGUGGAGCAUAUCCACCCUCUAGUGGAGCAUAUCCACCCUCUAGUGGAGCAUAUCCACCCUCGAGCGGAGGAUAUCCACCCUCGGGCGGAGGAUAUCCACAGCAAAGUCAGGGAUACCCACCCUUCGGGGCGGGAUAUCCCACGAACACCUCUUCGGCCUAUCCCAGUCCCUAUCCAUCUCAGACCCCGAGCUCUACACCGGCAUCGAAUCCCUAUCCUCCGGCCCCGGCCAAUCCCUAUCCAGCUCAGGGACCUCCCGGAGGCGGCAUGUAUCCUGCAAUGUCCGGAACCGGAGGCGCUGCCAUGGGCAUGGCGCAGUGCUUCAGCGAGAUGAAAACCCAUGUGACGAGAAUUAACAGUGAGAUCAAGUCUAAGGGAACUCCAACUGUCACGGCGGCGCCCGGCUUUGAUCCCGUGACCGACGCGAAGGCCCUGAGGAAGGCCAUGAAGGGCUUCGGCACAGACGAAGAUGCCCUCAUCAAUGUGAUCUGUCGCCGCACAAAUGAGCAACGUCAGAUGAUUGCGCGGGAAUACAAGACCAACUUCGGGAAGGAUCUCAUUGAGGACAUCAAGUCCGAGACAAGUGGAAACUUUGAGAAUCUCCUCGUGUCUCUAAUGACGCCCAUUGUGGACUUCUAUGCUCAGGAGUUGCACGAUGCCAUGGCAGGAAUGGGAACUGACGAAGAUGUUCUGAUUGAGGUGUUGGGAUCCAUGUCCAAUUACGAGAUCCAUACAAUUAAAUUCGCGUAUGAGAAGAUGUACGGUCAGAGUCUGGAGAACCGAUUGAUCUCAGAGACUUCAGGGAACUUCAAGAGACUUCUAGUCUCACUGUCAGUCGGCGGUCGCGAUGAGAGCGGCGUUACGGAUCCCGUGGCGGCGCAGAAUGACGCUCGGGAGCUGCUGAAGGCAGGAGAGCUGAUGGUUGGAACUGACGAGAGCACUUUCAACAUGGUUCUCUGUCAGCGAAACUACGCUCAGAUUCGCCUAAUCUGCGAGGAGUACCAAAGGAUGACUGGACACACUCUCGAGAAGGCCAUUAAGAAGGAGUUUUCGGGCGACAUUAUGGAGGGUCUCCUGGCCAUCAUUAGCGUCGUGUGCAACAAGACGGAGUACUUUGCAUCGCUUUUGAAGAAAAGUAUGGCAGGGAUUGGCACUAAUGACCGACAACUUAUUCGCCUCGUGGUGACACGCUGUGAAAUUGACUUGGCAGACAUCAAGACUACCUUCGAGCGUCUCUACGGCAAGAGCCUCAAGAGCUGGAUUAAGGGUGACACGUCCGGCCACUACAAGCACGCCUUGUACGCUCUCAUUGGCGAGGAGCGAUCCUCAUAAGAUUGCGCCCAAUUUUAUGUGCAUUAAUAUUUCUCCUCCGUUCCAUUAUGUGACAAAAAGCCGACAAGAGCUACACAUUGUUUCAGUAACUCUCUGUGUAAUUAAUUGUGAGUUGGUGUUAUGCGGGAAGAAAGUGUCACCAGCAUUUGUAACGUCUUCCUUCAGCCGCCACAGGCUUUGAAUAAAAUCGUUUGCGUAUUUGCAUGAGAUAUGGUCUAUUAUUAUUAUUAUUAUUAUUAUUGUUGUUAUUAUUAUUAUUGUUAUUAUUAUUAAUAAUGUUAAAAUUAUUU